AUGACUCAAUCUGAAAAUUCAAGCCGUAUGGAUUCGGAUCAGGUUUUUCAUGACGCUAUUCACGGAUCUAUGGAGUUGCCGCCUCUCUGUGUAGAGAUUAUCAAUACGAUACAAUUUCAGAGAUUACGGAACAUCAAACAAUUAGGACAUGCGCCUUUUUCUCAUGUCUUUGAAGGUUUUAUCAACGAGUAUCGCAAGAAAGCUGGAGGUGAAGAGUGGGAACAUGAAGAUGCAUCAUGUGAAAUGUUAGAGCAUCUUUUUAAAGAGAACCCACAUGUUAAAGUUGAGCGUAAUGAUAUUGAUUUCAUAAAAGAUCUCAUUACUGGUAAACCAGAAAAAUCUCAGAGACCAAAAUUUCUUUACCAAAUCAUUAACAAUAAAUCCUAUAACAUCGACGUUGAUAAAUGGGAUUAUCUGGCGAGAGAUUCCCAUUUUCUUGGUAUUGGAAAGUCAUUUGAUCACGAAAGAAUGAUAAAAAUGUCCAAAGUAAUAAGUGAUCAAAUAUGCUACAGAGACAAAACUGUUGAUAAUUUCUUUGAUAUGUUUUAUUCCCGAUAUCGAUUACAUAAAACAGCUUACAAACACAAAACUGUUCUUCUGUUUAAUAAACUACUUGGCGAGGCCUUAAAAUCCGCAAAUGAACACCUGAAAAUUUUCGAAAAGGUCGACGAUAUGAAGAAAUUUACUUAUUUUACAGAUAGUAUUUUGGAGGAGAUAUUAAAGAAUGAGGAUAAUGGAAACCUCAAAGAGGCCCAGAAUAAAUUGAAGGAUAUAAUCAACCGAUCUUAUAAGUACAAAGGCACAGUCGAUGAUAGAAAUGACCAAGGCGAAGAACCGGGCAAUAUAGUCUGUAAAGCUAAGUUCGAUUAUGGAGCUAGAAAGAGAAACCCACUAGUGAAAAUCCCAUUUUAUAAAAAAGGAAAUGUUUUCCUUUAA